CUCGGGGGCCGCCUUUGUGCGCGCCGGGGCCGCUUCGUCCCGCUCUGCUCCAGCCCGUCCCGCAGCUCCGCACCCCGCUCCGUCCAUGGCCCCGCGCCCCGCUCACGGCUGCGGCAGUGGCGCUCUGCUGGGGCGCUUCGGGGUGCUGCUGCAGGCGCUGCUGGCCCUCUGCGCCUUCAGCACCCUCAUGCUAAAACGAUUUAAGGAACCAAAGGCAGAGAGGCGUCCCUGGAGGAUAUGGUUUUAUGAUACAUCCAAGCAAGCAAUAGGCUCCCUCUUCAUCCACUUUGCCAACGUUUUUCUGUCGGAUCUCACUGAAGAGGACCCUUGCUCUCUCUACCUUAUUAAUUUCAUCCUUGAUGCCACGCUGGGGAUGCUGCUGAUCUGGCUUGGUGUGAAGGUUGUCUCCUGGAUCGUGCAGCAUAAGAAGUACACGUACCUGGUCUUCGGAGAAUAUGGUGACCCUCCACAAGCUGCUGCCUGGAUUGGCCAGUGUGUCCUCUACUUGCUGAUAAUGGUUUUUGAGAAGACUGUGAUUAGCCUUGUCCUGCUUAUCCCUGGUUGGACAAAGCUUCAGCAAAUCCUCUUGGGUUACAUCCCAAACCCUCACCUGGAGCUCAUCCUGGUCAUGCUCGUUGUGCCUUUUAUAGUCAAUGCCAUUAUGUUCUGGGUUGUGGACAGCUUGAUCAUGAAGAAAUACAAGCAGAAGGACACCGUAGACAUUAAUGGAUCCAUAGAAACUCCUCAUGCUAGGAGGACUGAGGAAUCUCAGGUUUUACUCUCUCCAGACAUGGAUUUUGAUCAGUCUGAAAGCGACCAGGAUGUUUCAGUACUGCAGGGAACGAACCAGCAGAUGAAGCAGCCCAGCUAUCAAGUGGUCAUCUGACAACACUGAGACAAGGAAGGAGGAGGGAGGGAAGCAGCACUGCGAUCCUUGAGCUGGCCAAGGGAAUGCUAGCUGAUCCUUAUGGAUCUGCAGAGAUCCUUUUGCCUGCCUCAGCUAUACCUGUCUGCAGUUGUCUCUUUGGGAUGGUAUCUAUGCAUGCUGUACAGGCUGGAGCAGCAUCUGCUGUACCUGUGUGAUGCUGACCCACACCCAUGCAGGCACGUUGGGGUUAGGGCUGUGCACAUGUACUUCCCCCCAGCUGGGUGGAGCUUUUUGUCAGGGCUAGAGACUGAAAUCAGGAGAUUGGCUGCUUUUUGAAUAGGCAAGGAAGAGGAUCUGUCCUGUGCUACCUGCACUGUGACACUUUGAUAUGCACGAUACUCAGAAUAAUGGGUUUGCAAUAUGUAUUUAAAUGCCUUGAAUUGGAAAGGUGGAUCUGAUUUUUUUUGUUUCAGUGGAUCUGAUGCUUUUUUACUGUUUUAUAAGGGAAUGCAGUAAAUACCUGACCCAAAACCUUCAUGAAUGAAAUGCCUUCAUGUGCUUCAUGUGUUGCAAAACCCUAACGCUGUGAGGAUGAAGGGGAUCUGCUGGAAUCUUUCCUCACCGGCUCCUCUCAGGACAGAUUAUCUUUCUGCAGCAGGACUAUCCUGGUAAAACUAGGGAAGAGCUGAGGCCACAGAGCUCAGUUUCUGUACAGGGGUUGUACGAGCCGCUUCAGGGCAAAGAGCUGAUGCUUCAGCGUGUGCUGGAUUCCAGACUGGGCCGGACUUGGAGACUGAUCCCAACUGCUGCCUUAUAAGUGGGCAUUUAGUGGGCAGUAGAAGUUGACUGAUUUCCUUUUAGCUAGUUUAAAAUAAAACUGAUGCUGUGA